GCAGGCAGAGAGUACAGCCCGGAGGAAACAGCGUCUGUACAGCACCGUUACAUUCACCGUUACACCGAGAGGACACGGUGCCUCUGAACUCACUGGUCCUCCUGAGCCGAGCCGUUUACAACUAAAGACUUUAAACAUGUUUGUCAGAUAUUUGCCUGUCCUGUUUCUUCUCAGCGCUGUCAGCAAAGGAAUGACUACAACGGUUCCCCUAACACAAAAUGUCACCACAACUCCUGCUGUAACUGCGAGCUCAAAUUCAAGCAGCAGCUACUCAACCAGCAGUUUACCAACUUCAACUCCAUCAGUCAUCAGCACUUUUACUGAGCACAAUAAUGUCACCACCAGCAGCCCAACUGACUCUCCAUCAGCUCCAACCACAGGUUCACUGCUGUCCACUGCAAGCCCAGAGACAAGCCAACCCAACACCACCAGUGAGAAUACGAGUGCAACAACACCUGCUCUAGAUAACACUCCACCAAUCACACACACCAGCAGCGACAUAACUACAAGUGCACGCAUCACACACACCAGCAACGAGACAACUACAAGUGCACUGGUCACACACACCAACAACGAGACAAUUACGAGUGCACCGAUAACACACACCAUCAACGAGACCACUACAAGUGCACCAAUUACACACACCGUCAACGAGACCACUAUGAAUACACCGAUCACACACACCAGCAACGAGACAACUACAAGUGCACCGAUCACACACACCGUCAACGAGACAACUACAAGUGCACCAGUUACACACACCGUCAACGAGACAACUACAAGUGCACCGAUCACACACACCGUCAACGAGACAACUACAAGUGCACCAAUUACACACACCGUCAACGAGACAACUACAAGUGCACCAAUUACACACACCAUCAACGAGACAACUACAAGUACAUCGAUCACACACACCAGCAACGAGACCACUACAAGUGCACCGAUCACACACACCGUCAAUGAGACCACUACAAGUGCGCUGAUAACACACACUAGUAACGAGACAACUACGAGUGCACCAAUCACACACACCAGCAACACGACAACUACGAGUGAACCGAUCACACACACCAACAACGAGACCACUACGAGUGCGCUGAUAACACACACCGUCAACGAGACCACUACGAGUGCACCGAUGACACACACCAGCAACAAGACAACUACGAGUGCACCGAUUACAGACACCGUCAACAAGACAACAACAAGUGCACCAAUCACACACACUGUCAACGAGACAACUACAAGUGCACCGAUCACACACACCAACAAUGAGACCACUACAAGUGUACCAAUCACACACACUAGUAAUGAGACAACUACGAGCUCACCGGUCACACACACUAGUAACGAGACAACUACGAGUGCACCAAUCACACACACCAACAACGAGACAACUACAAGUGCACCAAUCACACACACCGUCAGUGAGACAACUACAAGUGCACCAAUCACACACACCAUCAACGAGACCACUACGAGUGCACCGAUCACACACACCAGCAACAUGACGACUACGAGUGCACCGAUCACACACACCAAUGAGACCACUACAAGUGCACCAAUUACACACACCGUCAACGAGACAACUACAAGUGCACCGAUCACACACACCAACAACGAGACCACAACAAGUGCACCGAUCACACACACCAUCAACGAGACCACUACAAGUGCACCAAUCACACACACCGUCAACGAGACAACUACAAGUGCACCGAUCACACACACCGUCAAUGAGACAACUACGAGUGCACCAAUUACACACACCGUCAACGAGACAACUACAAGUGCACCGAUCACAAACACAGUCAACGAGACCACUACAAGUGCACCGAUCACACACACCGGCAACACGACAACUACGAGUGCACCAAUUACACACACCGUCAACGAGACAACUACAAAUGCACCAAUCACACACACCGUCAACGAGACCACUACAAGUGCACCGAUCACACACACCGGCAACACGACAACUACGAGUGCACCGAUCACACACACCAACAACGAGACCACUACAAGUGCACCAAUUACACACACCAUCAACGAGACAACUACAAGUGCACCGAUCACACACACCGUCAACGAGACCACUACAAGUGCACCGAUCACACACACCGGCAACACGACAACUACGAGUGCACCAAUCACACACACCGACAACGAGACCACUACAAGUGCACCAAUUACACACACCAUCAACGAGACAACUACAAGUGCACCGAUCACACACACCGUCAAUGAGACAACUACAAGUGCACCAAUUACACACACCUUCAACGAGACAACUACAAGUGCACCGAUCACACACACCGUCAACGAGACAACUACAAGUGCACCGAUCACACACACCGUCAACGAGACCACUACGAGUGCACCGAUCACACACACCAACAACGAGACCACUACAAGUGCAUCGAUCACAAACACCGUCAAUGAGACCACUAGAAGUGCACCAAUUACACACACCGUCAACGAGACAACUACAAGUGCACCGAUCACAAACACCGUCAAUGAGACAACUACAAGUGCACCAAUUACACACACCGUCAACGAGACAACUACAAGUGCACCAAUCACACACACCAACAACGAGACAACUACAAGUGCACCGAUCACAAACACCGUCAACGAGACAACUACAAGUGCACCAAUCACACACACCAACAACGAGACAACUACAAGUGCACCGAUCACAAACACCGUCAAUGAGACCACUACAAGUGCACCAAUUACACACACCUUCAACGAGACCACUACAAGUGCACCGAUCACAAACACCGUCAAUGAGACAACUGCAAGUGCACCAAUUACACACACCAUCAACGAGACAACUACAAGUGCACCAAUCACACACACCAACAACGAGACAACUACAAGUGCACCGAUCACAAACACCGUCAACGAGACAACUACAAGUGCACCAAUUACACACACCAACAACGAGACAACUACAAGUGCACCGAUCACAAACACCGUCAAUGAGACCACUACAAGUGCACCAAUUACACACACCUUCAACGAGACCACUACAAGUGCACCGAUCACAAACACCGUCAAUGAGACAACUGCAAGUGCACCAAUUACACACACCAUCAACGAGACAACUACAAGUGCACCAAUCACACACACCAACAACGAGACAACUACAAGUGCACCGAUCACAAACACCGUCAACGAGACAACUACAAGUGCACCAAUUACACACACCAACAACGAGACAACUACAAGUGCACCGAUCACAAACACCGUCAAUGAGACAACUACAAGUGCACCAAUCACACACACCAACAACGAGACAACUACAAGUGCACCGAUCACAAACACCGUCAACGAGACAACUACAAGUGCACCAAUUACACACACCAACAACGAGACAACUACAAGUGCACCAAUCACAAACACCGUCAAUGAGACAACUACAAGUGCACCAAUCACACACACCAUCAACGAGACCAUCACAACAAUAACCACUUCAGCUGUUCUAACUACAACUACACUAACAAACUCUACUAACCCCUCUCCUGAGACUCCUGCAUCCACCACCACACCCCUAUCCUCCGCUGUCACCACACACACAACACUCACAGCUGGAACCCCUUCCUCUUCACCUACCUCCAUCUCCACCUCCAGUUCACUCCCUACAAAUACCUCCCCAGGCAGUAGCACCGCACCCCCCACUGGAAAUACCACCACCCCUAGUCCCUCAACAACCACCUCAGGAGUUACUGGCCACACCACUUUGACUCAUUCAACUGAAACAGCUAAUGGCACUACAACAGCCUCAUCCACCACCACACCAACCUCCGCCACUACUAUCUCUACUGGUACCACCAUCACUGGAACCACCCUGCGACCAACAGACAUCACCACCAAAAAUGCUACCACCACUCCAGCCCCCAACACCACCAUCACAACUGGCACUACCAUUACUACUGGUACAACCCUACGACCAACAGACGUCACUACCAAAAAUACUACCACCACUCCAGCCCCCAUCACCACCAUCACUACAGGUACCACCAUCACUGGUACCACCCUGCGACCAACAGACAUCACCACCAAAAAUGCUACCACCACCACUUCAGCCCCCAACACCACCAUCACUACUGGUACCACCAUACGACCAACAGAUAUCAGUACCAAAAAUACUACCACCACUCCAGCCCCCAUCAUCACCACCACCAUUACUACUGGUACCACUGUCACUACUGGUACGACCCUGCGACCAACAGACAUCACCACCAACUCCACCACAGCAGCCCCACCCAUCCCUCCACCCAUAGUGUGCCCUGCCAUCCCAUGCCCUCUUGAAAGCGUCUGUCUUAACGGUACUUGCCAAUGUAUCACUGGUAGCUUUCUGGUGGAUGGCCAAUGUGAACGCGCCCAAGUGUUCCCCGGCCAGCUUCAUAUCACCUCCUUGGAAUUUGAAAAAGAAAUGAGCGACAGGUCCUCAGAAAUAUUCCGGAAGACAGCAGCGGAGAUCUCAGCAGCGCUCAGAGAUGCCCUCAAGAAUGAGCCGGGGUAUAAACAAUCUGAUGUUGUGCAACUUCAACCAGGAAGUGUCCAAGCAACUGUAAAUAACAUCUUUGAAAACACCAGCUCCACCCAAGAGUCUGUCGAUCAGGCCAUUAAUAAGGCUAUAGCCACCUCAACAAAUGAACUGUUUGCUAAUGCUACGUUUACAAGUACAAACCUGUGUGCACAGGAGCCAUUUCCCUGUGAUGUCUCCACCACAAUGUGCACAGAUAUAAAAGGCCGGGCUGUGUGUUCCUGCAAAGAGGGCUACAUCUCCAUCCUGUACUCAAACACCAGCUGCAAAGCAUGUCCAAGCGGGCAGAGGGCAGUGGGGGACACGUGUCAACCAUGUGCGUUUGGAUAUGCUGGCUUCAACUGCAAUGACUCGGCUCUGCUGGCAGUUGUGGUCAUCUCCUGUGUACUCGGAGGAAUUCUUCUGAUCAUUGUCCUGGCUUUGCUCAUAUACUGCUGCUGGAGGGGAUGCUCAAGGAGCAAGGCAGACUACAGCAGCAGUCCGUACUCAUCAAGUGACGUGAGCCAGCCCUGGCCCACUGGCAUCACCCCCAUCCCCCGCGCCACAACUAACUUUGAUGCAGCUACUCCCAUAGAGAUGACAGAAGGGGGCAGCACUCAUGUCCUGGUGGACAAAAAGCAUCAAACCAAUGGCUCGGGGUUUCAGCAGAAGCAGAAAGGAUGGAAAAAGUCGGGAUCAUACGAUCUCAACCCAGAAGGAAUGAACACCUUCAAAGGUAAAAAUCCAUCCCGUUACUCCUAUCUGGUCCAAGGCCACAAGAACCCCUACUUCUUACCAGGAGACGACAGGAACUGAACUCACCCAUGUAGAAAUGAAGAGCAUGGUAUCAAAAAGAAGCCACACACAUUAGAAACUCUGGGUCUACAGGCACACUUCCUGAGCAGGACCAGGUUAUUUAUACUUUUUUGAACUGGCUUAGAUUAAAGACAAAUAACAAAGGACUUUUUUUUUAUCUGGGAAACAGCCACCAAAGAGAUUCACUCAUACGAGCAAGAACAUUUAACCAUUUUUUUUAAGUGAGAUUGUGUCUGUAAAUGUUGCUGAUCAUAACCAGUAGAUGUCCCUGUUGCUCAGUGUAAUUCUUCUAUUGUCUUACAAGAUACUUCUGACUUUUUUAAAUUCUUUUAAGAAAUCAUCCCGUAGUCUUUUUAAAAUUAAGCUUCUUAUGUUGCUAAUUGCACUAAAGUGUGUGUUAAGUUUACCUCCAGUUUUCCUCUGAAACCAAAGGUAAACUGAAUGUGGGCUUUCAGGGGCUAAUAGAUAUUUUUCUUAUGGGUAUAAUUAUUUUUUAGAAGAACAAAUCUUGUAUGACUAAAGGGGCUGGAUCCCUGGUUGGGAUAUUUUCUAAAGGGAUUUAUAUCGUAGCUGAGAGCUGUGUAUGUGUCGACGCUGCGCUUGCAGAAUGUGCCUGUUUAAUCGUCUGUUUGACAAACAGGAAACAUGUAAAGCUGGUGAUAAAGCCUGUCUCCUGGAUGUGCCAAUUAUCACUUGUAUACAUUUCUUUUUUUGAAAACUCUUAUAUAUAUUUAUCCUCAUGUGUCUGAGACAGUGCACUAUUUUAUGUGUGUAAAGUUUUUGUAAAUAAUUGAAGAUCUUUUGGCAGAGCAUGUGUGUGUGUGUAUAUAUAUAUAUGCAAUGGAAAUAAAUUAAUUUAAAUACAACA